AUGUUUGUGUGGGCAGGGCAAGAUACGUUUUCGAUUACUAUCGAACUCAGCGAUGUAAUGCAGGAAUCGAACAACGAAAAAUUGAAUAAUUCAGAUGGUGCCGUGGGAGGUCAUGUAUCGCCGAUGGCCGUUAUGGUAGCGCCGACUCGCAUCGAUUACAGUGUAACCAAAGGCGGAUUACGCACCUGGGCUGUUCUUUUUGUAUUCAUCUUCCUUUGCUCAAGUUUGUAUACCAUUUUCUCUGCGAAAGAUUUGACCGAAUUAGUUGUUGGUGAGUCAUUUCCUUGUAUUUGUUUCACAUCAUAUAUUUGCUUCCAUAUCGAUGGUGAUGGAAUCGUUGAUUUGGAUGAAGAAAUCGAAAGUGGCCGUGAUGCAGACGCCGAUGAAGUUGCGACUCAGUAUCGAAGAGCCACCAAAGACCGGACACCGUCUCGUGAAAAUAUCGUUCAUUCUGCCGAAGAGGUAAAACGAAUCCAUCAGAAGAUGCACACAGCUCCAAGCGCAGCUGACGAUGACAUUGAUGAAGAUGAGGAUGAUGAACAUGAAGAGGAAGCGAAGAGACAGGAAGAGACUCUGUUGGCGGGACUGAAGGCAAAAAUUGAGGCUAAGAAACGACAGAAGUCGCCAGCCGAUCGGAAACGCGACGAUAUGGAACGAGAAGAUGCAAAUGACGAUGAAGAAGCGUCGAAGGCAGUACCAACCAGGCAAGUGAGAAGGAAACAUAGACGGAGUAAACGAUAUGAAGACGACGAUGAUGAUGAAGCUGAGAAAGCUGAGCCGCAAGACGAAACUACAAUUGCUGCCCCAACACGAAAGGGUAGAAGACGAAAGCAAAAACAUGAGGAAAGGCCAGUCGAAGGUGACGAGAGCGAUGAGUCUGAAGCUGAGCCUUUACUCCGACAGAGACGUAAGCAUAAGAGACCAUCGGAUGUGGUAGAUGAGGAUGCAGACGAGGAUGUCGGAGAUGAGAGUGAAGAGGCAAAACAGGUGGAUGAACCUGAUCAAGGAGAUGGUCAGGAAGACAAAGGUGUUGAUGAAAGCGAAGCUGAUGAUCAAGAUCAAUCAGAUGAAGAAACGGUUGAUGAAGAUGCAGAGAAGGUUUCCAAAAAAGAGGACAGUGAAGCAGAAGAAGUAAGCGAAAAAGUAGAACACGAAGCUCAAGAAACUCAGGCUAAGCUCGAAACUGAGACUCAGCACGAAACUGAGGCCAAACCUGAUGAUGAAACUGAUGUAAAACAAAAACCCCGCCGCAAGAGGAAGCGAACACCAGCAGCAGCAGAUGCUCUUAAAAAACCAGCAAGACUUUGUAAACGUAAGUACUGUCCACCCGUAGACAAUCGCACUCCUCGAAUGGAACUUCUGAAACAAAAACCUCAGACAACACUGUCUCGUCGUAAUAAACGCUAUGUGAUAAAACCGACUGAAGAGGAAGACUUAGAGGACUUCGACGAAUUCGGGAAUGGUGAUGAGAGUGACUUGUUGGGUGAUGGAGUAGGCUCAGAUGAAGACGACGAGGAAGGGCUGAAUGAAGUUAUCGCUCUCAAAAAAGAUCGGUUAAAUUCUCGUGCCACUUACAAACGACGUGCAAUCACGAAUCAUGAUGAUCUUCGCUUCAGAGAUCAGCUGGAUAGAGCCGAUCAGCUCGUCGAAAAGCAUGAAUAUCGAGCAGCUUUCGCAAUAUUCGAUGAUAUUUUACGCUAUAAUCCAGACAGUCCUCGUGCUCACUUCGGUAAGGCUCGAGCGUUUGAUAUUCGUAGUGAAAUGGAUGCUGAUAAAACUUAUUUGGAUAUGGCCAUCAAUGAAUAUCAAGAAGUGCUGAAUUUUGAUGAUACGCCUGAUACAUUGUUCAGGCAAGCAGCUAAUCGCUUGGUGGACCGUGCACGAUUCCGAGGCGCACUUCAUAAAGCGUUGGUAGCACAGCGAUCACUGAUCGAUCGGUAUCCGGAAGAGAUUCAACUGCAAAAUGAUUUCGGUUUGACAUUUCUGAUGAUGGGACGACACGAUGAUGCACUCAAAGUGUUUGAAGAUGUUCUUCAAGUGGAUCCUAACAAUGGUGUUGCGCAAGCAUAUUAUGGCUAUCUAAUGAAAAUGAAUGGGCAGUUGGAACAAGGCGUUAUUUUUAUGCGAAAAGGCUUGCGAGCUGCCCGAGCUGUGAUUGCCGAUCCUAGGUUCUAUUAUCAUCUCGGUGAUGCCCUCACAAGGCUUGGUCGUAAAGAUGAAGCAUUUGGCGUUUAUAGUAUAGCAGCAAAGAUUGGGCUCUUUCUAUCGCCAUAUCAAAGGUCCAUUUACAAUUACGAUGGUCUUACUGCAAGACCGUGGUGGACACUUGAUCAAACCACUUAUUCAAGGCAUCUUAAGAAUGUUGAACGUCAAUGGACAAUAAUUCGCGAAGAAGCGUUGAAAGUGCUCGAGCGAAAUCCAGAGCUUUAUUUGGCUGAAAAUAAACAGUUGACCAUUGGUGGUCAAUGGCUUGCAUUCACAUUAUUUUAUGCUGGUAGCUGGAAUAAGACGAACUGUCAUAAAAUGCCCAAAACAUGUGAUAUUCUCAAAGAUUUCAAGGAGUCCUCCAACAGCACCAAGAAUCAGGUUUAUAUGUUGAAAAUUUCACUUCUCACAAGCGGUACGAGAGUAUGGCCACAUUGUGGAUAUUCGAAUUGCCGACUUCAGGCACACUUGGGAUUGGUUGUCCCUUCAGAGGCACGAAUUCGCGUCGCAGAUGAGACACGUGGUUGGAAGACGGGACGUUUCAUCAUAUUCGACGAUUCAUAUGAGCACGAGAUGUGGUUCGAUGGCGCAUCGGCCAACAAAAUGAGAUUGGUUCUGUCGAUUUAUUUAUGGCAUCCCGAGAUCGAUUCAACUCGACGCUAUGAAUUCAAUACGGAUUUUUAA